CACGUCAUUACCGGAAGGUCCUCGCGCUCCUCCUCCGUUCACUCCCUGGCGAAGAUGGCGGACGGCGAGAAUAAACGGGCCGACGCCGCCGAGCCGCUUCCGAAGCGACCGAGACUCCCGGAUCCGCCCGGUGCCCCGGAGCACAGCGCGGCUGGCGGAACCGAGCCGGUGGAGGCGGGACCGGAACCGGAACCGGCGCUGAGGACCGAGUCCCAUCAGGCCUCACUGAACAACAACCACCGCCUCACCGAGCCCGAGCUCUCCGACUUAAUUGAGGAGGGUGUGCAUCCCAACGGUUUCACGUCACCCGAUCUUCUUCGUGAUGAUGAUGAUGAUGACUGCUCGUCUCGCGCCAGCUCCAGUGACUGGACCCCUCAACCACAGAUUGGCUCGUAUCGGUUCAUUCAGCAGCACAUCAUGAGAGGAACCGACCCGAGGGCCAUUUUGAAAGACCUGCUUCCCGAAACGGUCCUCCCGGCGGAUCUCGACGACAUGACGCUGUGGCAGAUCAUCAUCAACAUCUCCGAGCCGCCCAAAAGAAAGAAACGCAAAGACAUCAACACAUUGGAGGACGUCAUCCGGCUCCUGAAGGAGAGGAAGAAGACGCUUGUGCUCACUGGAGCCGGGGUGUCUGUUUCUUGUGGGAUUCCUGACUUUCGGUCUAGAGACGGCAUUUACGCUCGACUCGCUGUGGACUUUCCUGACCUUCCUGAUCCUCAAGCCAUGUUUGACAUAGACUACUUCAGAAGAGAUCCGAGGCCUUUUUUCAAGUUUGCCAAGGAAAUCUACCCGGGGCAGUUCCAGCCGUCUCCAUGUCACAGGUUCAUAUCAAUGCUGGAUAAGAAGGGAAGGUUACUGAGGAACUACACUCAGAAUAUCGACACACUGGAGCAAGCGGCUGGAAUCCAGAAGAUCAUUCAGUGUCAUGGUUCUUUUGCGACUGCUUCCUGUCUUGUCUGUAAACAUAAGGUUGACUGUGAGGCCAUAAGGGAGGAAAUAUUCAACCAGGUUGUUCCUCACUGUCCGAGGUGUCCGUCAGACGUCCCGUACGCCAUCAUGAAACCAGACAUCGUCUUCUUUGGCGAGAACCUUCCGGAAUUUUUCCACAGAGCCAUGAAGCAGGAUAAAGAUGAGGUGGAUCUUCUCAUCGUGAUCGGCUCCUCGCUGAAAGUGCGGCCUGUGGCUCUCAUACCCAGCUCUAUACCUCAUGACGUGCCUCAAGUCCUGAUCAACCGCGAGCCGCUGCCGCACCUGCACUUCGACGUGGAGCUGCUCGGAGACUGUGACGUCAUCGUGAACGAACUCUGCCAUCGUCUGGGAGGAGACUUCGAGCAGCUGUGCUUCAGCUCGUCCCGUCUCAGCGAGAUCACGGAGAAACCGUCCGCUCAGGGGCCCGUCACAGGAGCGUCAGAGGACGUCCCAAUCACUGAGUGUCAGGGUUCACUGUCUCCCGAGGAGGAGGAACCGGAAACGGCAUCUUCCCCAGCAGCCAGAAGAACUAGCCCUCAUCCAGAGCCGUUACCGGAAACGAACACAUACGAGAGAGACUCACACCCAAAAGAGCAUCCUCCGAAGACGGCGAGUCCCAGUCUGGAGAGGAGAGCAGCGUGUGACGCUACAGAAGCACUGGACUCUACUGAUGACGUGAAGGAGGAAGAACCAGCAGAUCGUCACCAUGCUGAGAUGCGGAGACGGUGCUGGAGAAGCCUAAUCUGUCAGAGUCCAAUCAGCAAACGACUCGGAGCCUCGCAGUAUUUAUUUCAAGCACCGAACCGCUACAUUUUCCACGGCGCCGAGGUCUACUCGAGCUCAGAGGACGAGUCGUCCAGUUCCUGCGGCAGUGACAGCGACGCUUUGGAAAAUGAAGACAGCGACGUGGAGGAAGACAACACAGACGGCCUGGCAGAGACAGUACAGGAGCGUGAACACAAACGCCUUCACUCAGACUGCACUGCAGAAACAGACCUCCCAAGCACACAAUAACUCACUAGCACUCGCUGCAUCUCAUGGCCUCAAGUCCGUUUUGUAUAUUUUUGUAUAUCCUCCCUCCUAAACGCCCCGUUAUGUCUUCUAAUCCAUGCAACUAUUUUCUUUUGUUCGGCUUGUAACCCGUUUUUGUUUUAUCACCAUGCAUUUUUAGAUGUAAAAUAUGCAUUUAAUUCCGGUGAAUGUUUCUGCGUGAGAAUUGAACUUGCCAUUUUUUCAAACCAAAGAUCUCUUUUUUUUUUUCCUGUAUCGUUUUCAUGUUUUUCCACGAGUUCCUUGUUGGAUCUGGUCACUGUGUCCAGCAGGUGUGCACCAAACUGUGGCAUCUUCAGACAUUCGGCAGCCUACUGUUGAAGUCUUUUAUACCCAGUAAAGUCUGAUAGUCAUCAAACUGAUGUUUUCAGGACAUAAUUUACAUGCAUUCACACUCUUGUAAUUCCUGUCCUCAAGCACUUCGUAAGUUCUGAAUCAGUUCUUGGUUACGCUUGUUUAUGUUGUUUGGUUAAUGCUCUCAUUGGCCAGUCUUUAUAACACUGUUAAAUUAUAAUAUCAACACGACUUCACGGUUCCCUCGUGCAGUGGAUGCAGUUUUGGUUGUAUAUUCUUAAUCUCAUUUCUUUAAUGUU